GUGUCCUAGCCGUCAAGUUUAAGAUGUUUUAAUAUAGGCGCAAGAAUGAAGCAAACAUUAUUCGCGAUAUGGCUACACCUGGCCCUUGGUGCAGGAGGUUUAGCAAGUUUGAUAUUAAAGGAGUCCUUGCACCAGCAGAACAGAAUCUACGGUGGCACAUUCGCUACGAAAAAUCAAUAUCCUUUUGUUGUUGUUUCAUUUACAAUGCCGGGUCCAAUUGUAUCGGGAGGUGCUAUAAUUUCGGAAAAAUAUAUUGUCACCACAGCACAACAUAUUUACAAUAGUGAUGAGAUUUUGUUCGUAUAUCUUUACCUUGGAGCUCAUUACUACCCAGAACUAAGCGAAGAUAGUCGACAGAAUAUCUUUCUUUUUGCGGAUGAAUUGAAGACUGCUUCAUUUAUACAUGAGGAGUUUGAUCCAGAAACGUUAGCGAAUAAUAUUGCGCUUAUUAAACUUACGGAAACGGUCGAAUUUGGUGCUACCAUUCAGAAAAUUAAUCUCCCCCCUCGCUCUCUCACAGCGAAAUCACUAGAAGGUUCUACAGCGACCUUGAUGGGUUGGGGUGCUUCGGAAGAGAAUCCAGAUACGGAGGAUUAUCCACGGCAUGUCAAUGUGACCAUCAUGCCACAAGCUAUAUGCAACCAUUACUACCCCUCUUUAAACAGAUCCUUGAUGCUUUGCUCGGAUGGCGAAAUAAACAAAGGUGCAUGCGAAGGUGAUAUAGGGACACCCUUGAUUGCUACCCUCGACGACGACUCCACCGUUUUGAUCGGGAUUGUAUCAUUCAUAAAUUCAUUAGGGUGUGCGGCACGUUGGCCCACAAUGUAUAUUAACGAGAUGAGGUCACUCGCAGUCGUAGUCUUAACAGCCGUGGGCGUGUUUUUGUUUACCAGCGACGUAGACGGAACCGGUGCCAUUUCCAAGGACAUUCCUCCCAUAGAGUUCGGUAAAAUCUUCCUUAAGAAUUAUCAGUCGCGCAUAGUGGGAGGAAGAGUCGCCCGGAGUGGCCAACUACCCUAUCAAGUAGGAAUUUUGUUGGAAGGGAAAUCCGGGAUGAGUUGGUGUGGAGGUGCGUUGGUUGCUAAACGUUGGAUAUUAACUGCAGCCCACUGUUUGGACGGAACGCAAUCUGUUACGAUUUAUUUGGGAUCUAUACACGCCAAGGAUAAGGCUGCCCAAGCCAUAAUUGUGAAUAAGUCGAACUUUCGCAUUCAUAGCGGUUGGAAUACAAAAACUUUAGCUAAUGACAUUGGUUUGAUCAAAUUAACUGAGGAUGCACGUCUAAGUAGCAAUAUUAAGAUCAUCAACCUUCCGUCGGAGAGUGAAGCUUCGAAGAACUUUGUAGGGUACACAGGCAUUGCUUCUGGCUGGGGACGCUCCUCUGACAAUUCCAACUCUGUUACUGAGGUUCUCCGUUACACUGAACUCAGGAUCAUCACGGAAGCUGAAUGCAAGUGGUCAUUCCACAGCUACAUUCGCAAAAGCAACAUUUGCACCAGUGGAUCAGACAAAAAAUCCACCUGCAAUGGAGACUCUGGUGGUCCAUUGGUGUAUGGUGAAGCUGAUAACCGUGUGAUUAUUGGCGUGACUUCAUUUGGAAGUGCAGACGGUUGCCAAAAGGGAUAUCCGGCUGUAUUCACCCGAGUUGGACACUAUUUGCAUUGGAUAAAGAAAUAUAUUAAUUGAAUAUUGUUGUUUGAAAAUGAAAAUUUUUUAUGAAAGAUUGUGUUAACCAGAUCUUUGAACUUUUCAAGUGGCAUUGGUGGCGCAAACUGAGUUUUCCUUGUGUUAUGUUAUGAGAAUUAAAUCAGAGGCAAAUAUCCGC